CAGGACCUCUGGAAGAGCAGUCAGUGCCCUUAACCGCUGAGCCACCUCUCCAGCCCAGGGAGUUGAGUUCUUAGUUGACAGUUUGUUCUUUCAGAUCUGUAAGGAUGACGUUCUACUGUCUUCUGAUUUGUAUUUUGAGACUGAUUUAUUUUAGAUGUAUGAGUAUUUUGCCUGCAUCCAUGUAUAUAUCUUGUGACUGAGGAGGUCAGAAGAGGGCACUGGAUCGCUGGGCACUGAACUGAAGUUGUAGAAGGCUGUCAGCUGCCAUGUGGGAGCUGGGAACUCACCCCACGUCCUUUGGGAGAGCGUCAAGUGCUCCUAACUGCGGAGCCAUCUCUCCAGCCCAAAUUGUUUUUGAUAAGAAUGUUCACAGUUGCAUUUCAUGUCUCUGAAGUAGGUGCCUUCAUUUUCCCCCUUCUCUGUCUAAAGUUUUCUUUAAAGUUUGCUUUAAGAUAAAUUGAUGAUGGAGGGCUUUGGUGUAGGUUUUUUUGUUUGUUUGUUUGUUUGUUUUUAUUGAUCUUUGAGUGCAUUCAAGCAAGCAAGGUGUAAAAAGAUAGGUAGAUAGAUAGUUUGAUAGAGAUUGAGAGCAGAGUUUAUACUUUUGACUUAAUUUGAGAAAUUCAGCAACAUUAUUUAGUUGUUUUUCUAUCUUUACUGCAUUUCAAGAAAUCCAGUUACCACUUGCCGUGGCCCUUCUUCCACAGCUCAGUGAUGUUCUAUUCCUUUUCUCUGGGUCUGCUGUUUUUGUUAGUUUCCGUUAGUAGAAUGUUCAGCAGUUUGUUCUCAUUUAUCUGGUUUUAUUUUAUUUUUUUAAAAAUCCAAGACAGUGACAUUAUAUCUUUGUUGAUUUCUGUUUUAGCUUUGAAGCAUUUUAUGGUAAUAUAUGCAUACCUAUUUACUAUUUCAAUAGUUUUAAGGACAUAAGUCAUAAGUCAACAUUUUUAAGUACAUUCAUAAUGUCAUGUCACCAUUUGAGGAGGUCCCUGCAGGGAAGCUAACCUUGAAGAGAUGAGAAUGAAAACUCAAUUCACAUUGACUUCAUCAACCUGGAUCAAACUUCAGGGAGUCUGAUGCCAGGUGGUUAUAAAUAUGGAAUAGUGUCUUAGUUAGGGUUUUACUGCUGUGACCAGACAUCAUGACCAAGGCAAUUCUUAUAAGGGGCAACAUUUAACUGGGGCUGGCUACAGGUUCAGAGGUUCAGUCUAUUAUCAGCAAGGCAAGAACAUGACAUCAUCCAGGCAGGCAUGGUACAGGCAGAGCUGAGAGGCACAUCUUCAUCUGAAGGUUGCUAGUGGAAGACUGGCUUCCAGGCAGCUAGGAUGAGGGUCUUAAAGCCCACACCCACAGUGACACACCUACUCCAACAAGGGUACACUUCAUAAUAGUGCCACUCCCCUGGACCAAGUAUAUACAAACCAUCACAAGGGGAACAUGUACAAACCGUAACAAAUAGUAAUAGAAUAUCAAACAUGAUAGAAUUUGGGGAAAAGUUUCUCCAAGCAACAAUCAUUCUAUUCCAAGUUUCUGUGCAACGAUAAAGCUUAGAAAUGCUUUUACAGAGUAUAUGUGACUACGAAGAUAGACUCUAUAGCUAAAAGACCUAGAAUCUAGUGUGGUCUCUGAUGAGACAGCAUAGAGGUCAGCAGGUCCUUUUAAAGUACAUGUGACAUCUCCCCUGAGGAUGGGGUCUGUUAACUGGGAGCUAAAGAUAUAUGUCUAGGGAAGGAGGGUCUGGUAAACUGCUAGGGUCAAAAAAUUCCAAAGCAAUCCAAGUAGUCACAAGAGUCUAGCAAAGCAAUAUCUUUAUUUGAGUUAGGCAGCAAAAAUUGACCAGGAAGGGACUUGGGAGCUGACUGCAUUUUCGAACAUUGAUCUUAGUAUUUAAGCAGAUGAGAAAAAUGUAUUGUACUCUGGUUGCUGCUGAUCAGUCAGAGGCACAGAACAAACUGGGGAGCUGAACUACAACCACAGGAUAGAAUAUCAUGGAGUUUUUAAAGCCUGAAAACUGCUAACCUAGCCUAGUCCUGAAAGCUUCUAGCUUCUGUACAAUCUUAUCUGGGCCUAGAAGGUUUGCAGCCUCUGAGACUUCCUGCUGAUGAACUCUCACUGGCUGGUUCAAUUCAGCUGCUCUGGUUUACUCUCCUCUCCAAGCUGACUGAUUCAAACUGCUUCUCACAGUUCUGACUGAAUUGUUCUGCUUGGCCUCAUGCUAAGUUUGGCAAUGUGUUCUAAUCUGGCUUCUUCUCAUUCUCUGGCUUUAGCUACCUCUGCUGACCUACACAAAACUUACAAACUCACUGUUCUCUUCUCCCAACUUUUACCUUCUUGUUUGGGAUUAAAGGUGUGUAUUAAGGAUGUGCCCGUAUUCCAGCCAGAGUAGCCAGGUUGCUGAUUAAAAAUAACUCUACAGAAAUCCACAAACACCUGUGCUAAGUCACAGUAACAUAUUCCCACCAAUCCAGAUUCAGGGAUAGGCAUCUUCCUAAGGAACAUGUCUUUGUGGUAUACUUAUCCUGUUCCAAUUGGUUGAGUUAUUCAACUGUGACAGGUUCACUUGUCUAGUGAGCGACCAGAUCUUUUGGAUUCAGACUCCAUCUUAGAGAAACUGACCUAAGAUUGAACUCGAGUUAACUAACAAAUUGGCACCAAACAUCACUUUCCAGGUUACUCCCCAACAAAUCUACACCUCCAGGUUAUAAGCCUGCCUCUGGUACUUCACCUUCUAACAACCACCAAUCAGGAGAAAAGCAGAAGUAAAGCUUAUGGUUUGGCUCCCAACACCAGCCAAUUAUGUUAAAGGCCAUAAUGCCCCGCCUCCCAAUCAAAAGUGUGUUAGGCUAAAAACCCCUUUGCUUGUUUGCUUGCUUCUAUAAAUGUUUGCCUGAAACUAGGCUUGGGGCUCCACCUUCCCAUCCUGCUGUGCCAGGGUUGGCAGGAAGCCCAAGCUGGAGCUUAUAAUGAAGAGGCCCUAGUGAGAUCGCAUCAGAAUUGGCUCCUUGGUGGUCUUUUGGGGUUCAGGACAACAUUAACAUUUGUCUAAACUUGCUAGCCAGGAUAUCAGUUACCCAGGUACAUGUCCCUUUCUGCCAAACAUGAUGUCAGUUACCCAGGGAGGUCUUGGGGACUUAAGCUUCAUUUGACCCCUAUUCACGAUGGAAGUUGUAUUUAAAAUGGCUUCAGUUUGGUUCCAUCUUACAAACAUUUUGGGUGAGGUCUGUCUCUACAGAAAGCAAAAAGGUCAUUAACAACCUCAACUAUCAGCUUUCUGGUGCAGGUAUUUUAUUUUAUCUCCUCUGUUGAGAAGACACUACUACUGCAUGUUUAACAUGUUUAACAUUCCUGUUUUCCCUAAGGAUCUAUGGGCAAAAAGACCUUUGUGUCCCAACAAUGUUUUUAUACUUUUGCAUCUUUGCAUCUUUGCUCUUUUUUUUUUUUUUUUUUUUUUGAGAGAGAGAGGGUUUCUCUGUGUAGUCCUGGCUGUCCUGGAAAUCACUCUGUAGACCAGGCUGGCCUUGAACUCAGAAAUCCGCUUGCCUCUGACUCCCAAGUGCUGGAAUUAAAGGUGUGUGCCACCAUUGCCCGGCAUUACUUUUGCAUCUUUGAGAUAGGGUCUUACUCUGUGGCCCAAAGUCUCCUGGAACUUUUGAUCCUUCUGGCUCAGUCUCCCUAAUUCAAGAACUGAGUAUUUAUGUGUCCUAAUAUACCCCAACAUUUCUCAUUUCAAACAGAGUCUAUGCCCAUUUGUAUCAUGAAGGUAAGAUUUAUUAUUACUGUAUAUUGGUAGAGUCCCUCCCAUAAUGUGUUCUUCCCUCAACUAACACGGUAUAGCACAGCAAAUGCCUUUAUGGCAAACCAUUAUUGCCUCCUGGAAGAAAAGACUUCACUUAUAAUAGUUUCACAUGCUGAACAUUCCUUUGUUAGUAUUUUGUUAAAGAUUUCAGGGGCCAUUCUCUGUAGCUUUCUUUUCCUGUAAUGCCAUUGUCUGGCGUUGAACCAGAUAGUGGUCUCAGAAUGAGUUGAAGGGUACUUAUCUUUCAGUCGUUUGUCGGAGCUUGUAGAGGAUUUCUUAUGUCUCCCUCAAAUAUGUGAUAUAGUCAGUUGUUGAGGGUUUUGAUGAUAGAUUCCAUCUUUUCACUGGGUAUAUUUUCUAAUAAGAUUUUUGUAAUUUUCCUUGAUUGAACUAUGGUAGAAAUCUGUCGAUUAUAUCUAGAUUAUUCAAUAUGCUGUUCUAUUCUCUUCUAAUCAAUUCUGUUUCUAUAAUGGGUGAUAAUACCUCUUUCCUUUUUGUGGUAGUGAGACACUGGAGAGUCAGCUUAGGAUUUCUCACAUGCUAGGCUAAGCCCACCUUUCUUUCUUUCUUUCUUUUAAGCUGGGCUUUCUCUGUCUGUCCUGGAACUUGCUCUGUAGAUCUGGCUGUCUAGAACGUCAAUAUCUGCCUGCCUUCCAGAGUUCUGGAAUUAUAGUUUCAUGCCAUUUAGUCUAGCUUUGUUUUUUUGGUUCUUUUAAAAACAUUUUUGGGUGUAUUUAUUUCAUUUGUGGACCAUGCGCAUGCAUACCUGAUGCCAGGGAGGCUGUAGGAUCCCCUAAUUGGAGUCAUGGAUGGCUGUGAACAGAGAUGUGGCUGCUGGAAAGAGAUCCCAGUUCCUCUGAAAUAAAAAGGGCUCUUAACCCCAGAGCCGUCUUCAGUCCCCAAGCCUUUUUUAAAACAUGUUUUAAUUUUGAGACAAGAUCUCAUUAAUUUCUCCAGGAUGGCCUUGAACCCAGUCCUGCUCAAGUAGCCCCGUCGUGCCUUGACCUUUCUUUUUAAUUUUUAAUUAUUAUCUUGUUACUUUUAUGUGUAUGUGUGCUUUGCCUGUUUAUAUCUGUUUACCACACGCAUGCAGUGUUCUUGGACACCAGAAAAGGGUGUUUGAGUCCCCUGGGACUGGAGUUAGACAAUUGUGAGCCAUGUUGUGGAUGAAGCCCUGGUCCUCUGGAAGAGCAACCGGUACUCUUAACCCCAGAGCUAUGGCUCCAGCCUCCAUUUCUUGAACCUUCAAUCUUUCCAGUAGAACCCAGGGUAUGGAAGAACAGCAACUUCUGAGUGUUGUCUCCGAGCCCCUGGGUUCUCAGUACACAAAACAGCCUGUAACGGUAGCUUCAGGGGAUAUGUUACUCUACACACACAAACAAAAUACAAACAUCUUUUUUUAAAACUCAACUUUUGAGUUUGAAACAUCAUUAGUGCUGUUUUGGGGUUUUUGAGGGCUGUGUUAUUGUUGGGUUACCCAUUUCACAGACUGCUGAUCUAAUCACUACUAUUUUUUUCUAAACUCCUUUUUUCCCCUCUUGGCUGGUGUCAUUUAUAGACAGUCCGAUGUAACCCAGGCUAGUCUUGAACUGCUGCUGAUCCUCCUAGCCCUACCUCUUUAGUGCUUGGAUGAAGGCUUCGCCUACAGUACCGGGAGUGGCAUGUUCUACUAUUGUUGAGCAUCCUAGGCCUGCUUUACUGAAAUUGUUGAUCCUUAGAGGACCUCAGGACCUGUUCUCAUGUGUCUUUGGGUGCGCCUGGGCACCCCUCCAGCUGAAGCAAAGAUCACUCGUGGGCUAUUGUGUAGCGAGUUAUGCUAACACUAGAGACCCUGUGACUAGGAGGAAAGGCAAGGAAUGCAAGAAGCAAGCGCAAGUCCUUAAAUGCACCUUCCCUGUCUUUUCGAAUUGGGCUUCCUUCCUAAGGGAGCUGCUUCUAGCAUUCAGACCUCGCUAGCCAAUCAGAGUAUUAAGCGGGCUGUCCAAUCAGGAUAUCUGGCAGGCGGCGGGGAGGCGGGUCUUCUCUGGUUGCAGUGUUGUGUGUAGGUUCUCCGUGGCGGACACGGGUACGAGUGGGCCCCGCUUUCGGCGCUGGUACCAGGAGCUCUGAGAGGAACGUGGGCGAGCUCGGAAGCUGCGCCAUGGUGAGCGAGGGGCCUCUGCCCCCAGAGCGGGAGGGGCGGCGACUGAGCCCCGGGAGCCGGUGUGCCGGGCGCUCUUCGGGACUGGGGCGGGGCCGACAUGCUGCGAAGCAACCUAGGCCCUGGACCGGCGGCCUCUGGGCAGCUCCGCCUCUCGGCCGCUUCUGCGCAGAGCAAGGAGUAGCGAAAGGCUCCGCCCUGCGCUGGGGACGCCCGGGUUGGUGACGUCGCAGCUGUGCGAGCGCUCAGAGCCUAUGUUCUUUUUUGUCCCGAGGGCCAGUUGCUAGCUAAGUGAGGGUAGUCUAUAGUUUCUUCGAGUUAUAGAAGUUCUGACGUUUACGUUUCCUGUCUAGGCUUAGAAUGUACUUUAAAUUACUUUUGCGAAAGUUGUAAAGUCUACCCAAUAUUUGGUCUAUAUCUGCGUGUUUGUUUUACUAGUUUGUUAAGUCACUUACUGUAUUUUGGGUUUGCUUCUGACUGUUUAAAUUGUUAUUUCUUAGUUUUGAAAUACUGUACUACUUUGAUUAUUGCAGUUUUAUCGGGAGUCUUAAAGUCAGGCAGUGUUCUGUUAAUGCUUCAGUAUCGUGUUAACUUUUUUCUUUUUCUUUUUUUGAGACAGGAUCUCGGGUUUCCCAAGUUGGCCUCAAACUUUCUCUUAGCUGAGGAGGACCUUGAACUUCUGAUCCCGCUACCCAAACCCACCUCCAGAGUGCUGGGAUUAAGGGAGUUUUUGGCCUUUGAGGAUGUGGCUGUGGAGUUCAGCCAGGAAGAAUGGGUUUUGCUGGAUCCUUCUCAGAAGAAACUAUACAGAGAUGUGAUGCUGGAAACCUGCAAUAACCUUUCUUCAAUAGGCAUCAAAUGGGAAGACAAGAACAUUGACGAGCAGUACAAACACUCUUGGAGAUUCCUAAGAAGUUGCAUGAUAGAUGCAAUUUAUGAGCACAGAGAAGGUGGUCAGUUUCAAGAAACCUUUACCUGGAUACCAGAUUUCCAUAGGAGUACUGACAUUUCUACUGAAGUAAAACCAUUUGAAUGUGGUGUGUGUGGAAAAGUUUUCACGUGUCAUUCAUCCUUUAAUGAGCACAUCAUGUCUCACUUAGGGGACAAACCAUCUGAACACAAACAUGGUUCAUGUGGAAUACAGCAACAAAGUCAGAGUGUUGAAAAAUCCUAUAAACAGUGUGGAAUGGCCUUCGCUUGCCACUGUUCGCUUUCUAUAGAUGGAAGAACCAACAGUAAAGAUAAAUGUUACAAAUGUGAACAAUCCAGUAAAGCUCUGAGUUCUUCCAGUUCCCUCCAGAGUCAUAAAACAGUUUAUGGUGCAGGAAGAACCUAUGAGUGUGAAGAGUGUGGAAAAUCCUUUAGACAUGAGAGUUCCUUUUUAUUACACCAAUUAACUCACAUUGGAAGGAAAUCCUAUGAAUGUAAACAAUGCGGGAAGGCCUUCAGGUGUCACAGUUAUCUUCAGUUACAUGAAAACUUUCAUAUUGAAGAAAACCCCUACGAAUGUAAACAGUGUGGAAAAACCCUCUGUUCUCCCAGUUCCCUUCGAGUUCAUGAAAGGAUUCACAAUGGAGAAAAACUUUAUGCAUGCAAGCGGUGUGAUAAAACUUUCAAAUGUCAAAGUUACCUUCGAAUACAUGAAAGAACUCACACAGGAGAAAGGUGCUAUGAUUGUGAACAAUGUGGUAAAGCUUUCAGAAGUCACUGUUCCCUUCAGAGACAUAAAAUAGCUCAUCCUAGGAAAAAAGCCUACGCGUGUAAACAAUGCGGUAAGUCCUUCGCUUAUCCAUAUUUACUUCAAACACAUGAGAGAUUUCACACAAGAGAAAAAACGUAUAAAUGUCGGAUCUGUAGUAAAGCCUUUCUUUGUUCCCCCUUUCUUCAGAGACACAAAAGAACGCACACUUGGGGGAAACCGUAUAAAUGUAAACAGUGUGGUAGAGCCUUCAGAAGCCACAGUUCCCUUCGACUGCAUGCAAGGGGUCACACAGUAGAAGAAUCUUACACAUGUAGGGUCUGUAGUAAAGCCUUUCUAUGUCCUCCUUUCCUUCAGAGGCAUGAAAAAACUCACGCUGAGGAAAAGCCCUUUGAAUGUAAGCAAUGUAGUAAAAUCUUCAGAGAUUGGAGUACCUUCCAAGUGCAUGAAAGAUCUCACACUCUAGAAAAGCCCUAUGCAUGUAAGCUAUGUAGUAAAGCCUUUUUUUAUUCCUCUUCCCUGGAAAGACAUAAAAAGAUUCACACUAGAAAGAAAUGCUAUCCAUGUAAAUCCGCAUGCGAACAGUGUGGCCAGUCCUUUAUUUUUCCCUGUUUACUUGAGAAGCAUUUAAGAACUCACACUGAUGAAAAACCCUAUGAAUGUAAACAGUGUGGUAAAACAUUUAGGAGUCUCACUUAUGCUCGCAUACAUAAAAGAACUCACACCGAAGAAAGACAGUAUGUAUGUAAACACUGUGGUAAAAGUCUCAGUUGUCCUAGUACUCUUCAGUUACACGAACUAACUCAUACUGGAGAAAAACUCUAUGCAUGUCAACAAUUUGAUAAAACUGUCAGAAGAUUCAGUUAUUUUCAAAUACCUGAAAGGGCUCGUACUGAAGAAAAAGCUUACAAAUGUAAGCAAUGUGGUGCAAUAUUCAGUUGUUCAAAUACCCUUCAGCUACAUGAAAGAAUCCAUACAGGAGAGAAAUCCCAUGAAUGUAAACAAUGUGGUAAAGCCUUCACAGUCCUCAGCAAUCUUCAAGUACAUGAACUAUCUCACACUCAUGAAAAAUCCUAUGGAUGCAAGCAACAUGGUAAUGUUUUCAGUCUUAGUAAUCUUAUACAGGAAAGAAAGAAAGCUGAAGCAAAUCUCUGUGAAUGUAAACAGUGUGGUAAAUCUUUUGUGUCUCGAUAUUUACUUCAAAUGCAUGAAAGGUCUCAUUCUGCAGAGAAACGCUACGAAUGUAAGGUAUGUGGUAAAAGCUUCAUUUAUCCCUCAUUUCUUCAAAGACACGAAAGAACGCAUACUGGAGAGAAACCUUAUGAGUGCAAACAAUGUGGUAAGGCCUUCAGAGUUCAGAGCUCCCUUCGAUUACAUGAAAGAACUCAUUCUGAGGAAAAACCUUAUGAAUGUAAAGACUGUGGUAAAGCCUUCUGGCGGCUCCCUUCUCUUCAAGUACAUGAAAGAAUCCAUACAGGAGAAAAGCCCUUUGAGUGUAAACAAUGUGAUAAAACCUUCAGGUGUCACAGUUCCCUUCAAAGACAUGAAAGAACUCAUAGUCACGAAAAACCAUAUGAAUGUACACAGUGUGGUAAGGGCUUUAGAUGUCACCGGUCCCUUCAAAGACAUGGAAAAACUCACGCUGAAGAAAAAGCCCAGGAAUCUGGACAGUGAGCAAAAAUUUUUAGGCUUUCCAGUUUCUUUUUUAUGUUUGAAAGUAACUCCUGGGAAGAAGUUCUGGUGCUAUAAAACAAGUGGUGGUGGUGGUUUUAAUCGUAGACUUACUGAAGAAAGACCUAUCAGUAAUAAUCAGUGACUUAAGAUGUUCAGUUCCAAGCCUGAUAUGGUGGUGAAUGCCUUUAAUCCUAGCACUGGGGAGGCAAAAGUAGGCAGAUCUCUUGUUCAAGGUCAGCCUCCUCUGCAAAUCAAGGUACAGGACAACCAGGGCUGCACAGAGAAACCCUGUCUCAAAAAACAAAAGAUGUUCAUUUCCGUUUGAAGCCUUGAACAUCUCUGGUGGAAUACCUUUGGAAUGUAUAUAAUAUGAGGAUAACUAAUUUUCCAUAUAUCCUCUUGAAUACUCACAUGAUAAUGCAAAUAGAGGUAGCUCUUAUAAGAAUAAGUGUCAGACUGAAAAUAGUUUGGAAAGUAAAGUUUGUAAAACUUACCUACACUGAAAGUCAUGAAGAAGACGAUUGGAAGUAAACCAUGUGUAUUUUGCAAUCCUCAUGCAAAUUCACCUGUAAUGCUCAGAUUUUUAUGAGUGUAUUCUUGUAAGGUUAGGGAUAUGUUGUGUUUGAUUUGCAAUUACUGGUGACCAUAGAAGGGGUGGUGGUGCAGCCCUCUAGUGCUAGCUACUCAGAUAGCUGGUGGAAGAGAAUUUGAAGCUCAGGACCUGACCAAGCAAUGAAAGCCCCAUUUUGCAAUCAAAAGUUGAAGAGUACGGGGUAUGUUGCUAAGUAGGUAGAAUACUUAGCUGGCAAGCAUGAGACUGUAAAUUCAAUCCCCAGUACUCUUACUAAAAGAAUAAAAAUCCCAAGAGAAUGAGUUGCCAUUUCUUUCAGAGAUGCAUACAUUAGAAUGAAAGUUGUUAAGUAUUCAACAAUAGAGAUAGUAUGUGAUAGAUAUGUUGCUGGACAAUUUUAUAACUGAAGAUCAUUGUGUCUUCUGUUACUUUUCCUGGUGCUGUGAUAAAAUGUUCCAACAAAAACAAGUUAGGAAGGGUUUCCUUUGUCACAGUUUGACAUGGCACAGAAGUUAGAGCAGGAGUAACAUGUGACAGCUUGCCACAUUGCACCUGGAGUCAAGAAACAGUGAUGAGUGGCCAUGAUUGCCUACCUUUCUCUCUGUUAUACGGUCUGGAACCCAAACCUAGGGAAUAAUGCCACCACCUUCACAAUGGGUCUUCCUGUCUCAGUUUAAAUCCCUUACAGGCAAACCCUGAGGCUCAUCUUCCAGGGGAUUCUAGAUCUAAAGAUGAUAUCAACUAACACAAAUAUAUUACAUACUGCCCCAAACACGGGCAGUAUGUUGAUUUAAUGCUUAUUCUAGGCAAGGAUAACUACUUAUUUAGGAAACUGAAAAUAUUUGAUGUGAAUAUAUGAAAGCAUAAUGGCAUAAAGAUAAGUGCUACACACUUAAUGAAGGCCCCAUAUUUUAAGUGGAGUCUUCUGGACUAGCUGUUCCUCUUGUCAGUGAGUUAUUUAGUCAAUGUCAAGAACAUUGCUGUAUACUAAGAUAUUACUAGUAACUUUAUAAACACUUUAGACUUAGAUUUUAUUGUCUGUAAAUUUUCUUUAGUAGAUUAGUUCAAAACUUUUUCACUUUGCAAAAUUAAAAAUAUUUGAUACUUUUCUAGACACUCAUUAUUGUGCAAGUAAGAAUUUAGUAUACCUUGGACUAUACUGUGUUAGAAAGCUUGAUUUGUAAAAUUUUCUAACUUACCAAAAUGUAUUUUAGAAAGUUUUUUUAAGUGAAUUUUAGUUUAGGAUUAUUUUGUUUGGGAUGAUACAAUAGUUUCUAAAAUGGUUCUAAAUGUACUUUUGCCAUUUUGUACUAAUUUAUAUGACGGGCACUCAGCAUUCAUGAUUCAACUCUGGACAACUUGGCUCUCUAUAUUUUGCAUUCUAAAAUAUUAAGCCAAGGUUUUUUUGAGACAAGGUAGCUCUGACCUAGAACUCAGUAUGUAGACCAGGCUGACCUUGAAUUCAGAGAUUCACCUGCCUUGGCCUCCUGAGUUGCUAGGAUUAAAGGCAAAUGCCACAUUCAGGUAAGAUUUGUAUGUAAAAUUAAGCCUCUCAUCUCAUUAGUUUGAAAAUUUGCUUUAACCUUUAAUAAAUAGUAAAAUUAUAUUUACUAAAGAAUUUUUAAAAUAGGUUUAUUUUUAAGAAUGUUUUAUCUUACAGUCGUCUUGUGUGGUGUGUGUAUAAAGAGAAGCCGUAUAGCCAGAAGCUGAUUCAUGCAGUGGGAAGAGUGGCCAAAUAAAAUUUUGCUUCUGUCAUGUUGAUACCUGGAGGUUCUGUUUUCUUCUGUUUAUAGGUCAGAGUAUAUAUAUAGAGAGAGUUAAGAUUAAAGAUCAGGGUUAGGAUUAGAGGAAUUUAAGGUAAGAGGAUUUUUACAGUUAAGGAUUAUGGUAAAUAAUGGUGGUAAGGCUAGAUGUUGGGUACAAGGAUUAGGGGUUAAAGUUCUAGAUUUACAUUUAGAUUUUGCAUUAGGGAUUAAUGAUUGGUAUAUGGUUAAGAGUAAUGUAAAGUGUGGUUGAAUAUGAGACACUGUGUUGUGUAUCAUUAGGGUUUGGGUUGGAAUUGGGUAUUGGUUGAGUUUGGGGUAGUGAUAAUAUUAACUGUGGUUAGAGUAGGAUUAAGGAUAGAAUUAGGGUAAUUUAGAGAAUAACAUUAGGAUUAGGGUCAGCAUUGGAAUGUUAGGUGAUUAGUGUUAGCAUUAGAGUAAGAGAUUAGGAUUAAAGGAUUAGGAUUGUGAAGCAGCAACACAUUCUGUCUUCCAAACAAGCCUUCUGUCUUAGGGUUUUAUUGUUGUGAAGAGACACCAUGACCAUGACAACUCUUUAAAAGGAAAACAUUUAAUUAGGGGUGGCUUAUGGUUCAGAGGAUUAGUCCUUUAUUGUCAUGGCAAGAAGCAUGGUGACAUGCAGGCAGACAUGGUGCUGGAGAGGUUCUGAGAGUUCUACAUCUAGAUCCACAGACAGCAGAAAGAGACAGACACUAGGCUUGCCUUGAGCUGCUAGACCUUAAAGCCUGACCCCAGUUACACAUUUCCUCCAACAACACUACAGCUACUCCAACAAGGCCACACCUCCCAGUAGUCCUAGUUCCUGUGAGCCUAUGGGGCCAUUUUCAUUCGAACUACCACACCUCCCUAUGUUUAGAGACUUCUAUAUGAAGAAGUGUGUUAGGUUGGAAAACAAUUCAUAUUAACUGGUAGGUUGUGAAGUGUGUUCUUUUCAGUACUCUAGAUGCUUUCAAUGAAUAAUGUUGCCUUGAAACUUAGUGUCUUAGAAGUAUAUUUUCCUUAGGACUUCUUAAGUCAGUAGCCAUGGUAGGAAGAGGUCUGGAUUAAGGGGGUGUUUCAGAGGCCUAAAACUGUUUUUGCUUCAUAUGAGAUGAAUCUCACUUACCGUGGCAGCAACACCUUGUGCUUUUAAAGCACAUUGUAUAGUGAUUUAAAAAAACCCAUCAGUCUGCCCAUAACAGUGAUCCAUUGUCCCAUCAUGUUCUUUUUCUGUCUCACUACAGUGUUUCUGUCCCACUAAAGUGUCUCUAUUCCCCUGUUCCCCUGUGUUCCAUCAUAAAACUCACCUGUUGUCACAAUAUUCUGUCAUAUAAUAUCCAUCAAGUUAACAUCACCAUGCUCUCAACUCUGCUGUCUUCCAUUGUUCUAUUAUAGUGCUUUAUAGUCCAAUCAUAGCGCUCCCCUAUCCAUCAGUGUCCAGUUUUUCUAUUCUGCACCAGUGUACCAGCUAAAGUGCUCAAUUGUUCUAUCAGUAUUCCACUGUUUCAGCACAAAUGUUCCUCUGCCUCAUCACCUGGUUCUUCUGCAUUAUCUCAAGGGUCCACUGUGCCUCUCGUCUAUACCAUUAUACCAGUACUCCUGGACAGUCCAUAAUUAUAACUGCCCAGUAACAGUGCUAUACUGUGACAUUAUAAUACUUAUCUUUUUGGGUUUUUUGUUUUUAAUCACUGUGCUCUUCUGUGCCAUCACAAUGUACUACUGUGAUAGCUCAGCACUACUCGUUGCAUCAGUCUCCAUUGUUCUAUAACAAUAUAUUGCUGCCCAUCAUGAGUGCUCUUCCAUCCUAUUUCCAUGUUUCAUUUUCUAUCACAGUGCACCACAAUACCCAUCACAAUAUCUCGCUUUGUUUCUCCCCUUGAAAUAUUUCUGAUAUGUAGUCCUAGCUGGCAUGGAAUUUGAUAUGUAGACCAAGCUGGCCUCAAACUCCCUGCCUCCUUAGUGCUAGUAUUAAAGGGGUGAGCCACCACAUCUGACCCACUGGUUUUUGGUCAGUUCACUCCUGUCCCAUUGUAAUGGUUCAUUGUCCCAUAGCAAUGUUCUACUGACCAACCACUCACAGGAUUUUUAUUUAUUGCCAUACAUUUAGAAGUCUUGUCACAAUGUGUCCUCUUCUACCCUAGUGCUCUCUGUCAUGUCAUAGUGCUGCACCAUCAUUACAGUCCUCCAUUGGCCUGUCAGUGUUUUACUGUUCAGAGUGAUUUUUUUUUAUUGCACUACUCAAUAAAUGUGCACCUACCCACGUCAGUUCCAGUUCUCAUCACAAUUCUCUAUUGUAUUGCAUUUCUCAGCUGUCAAGUCUCAAUAUUUCUUUGUCCUAUUAUGUCAGAAUUUCUCUCACCUUUGUACUCAUCACAGUGGUCCAGUGUCCUAUCACAAUGUUAAAUUGAUCUAAAUUAGUCUCUAAAGCUACUCAACAAUACUCAGGUUCUAUCCCAAUGUUUCUCUGCCCCAUAUUUUCUUUUGUCCCGUUGCAACGCUCAUGUGAUUCCUUAAAAUCUCUCGUCUCUAUCACAGCUCACCACUCAUUGUAUCCCAUUACAAUGUUCAUCAAUCCAGUCACAAUGUCCUCUUAUCCCAUUAUAGUGUUCUUAUGUUCCACCAAAUUGUUCCAGGAUCCCAUCUCAAUCCUGUAGCAGUAUUCCACUGCCUGAUCACAUUCCUCUACCUAUUAAAAUUCUCCACUGUACCUAUCAUAGUGCUCCACUUGCUAGGACAGUAUUCCAUUCUCCAGACGCAAUACUCCAUUCCAUCAUAAUACAGCACUGGUUUUCCUGGGUAGCAUGGUUACUUAGAAGCCUCAUCACUGAAGCUCAAGAAAAUACACAAACUCCUUUCCUACAAUAGGCAGGGACUGCAAAUAAACUUACUAAGCCUGAGAGAUCUCUGAAGGGAAGCAGGCAGACACACUGAGAACUGAUACUGGGUCUGCACGAAUCUUGAGUUGGUAACACUAAGCCCUGAGAGAGCAGUAGAAACUUCAUGGGAAGUGAUGCUCUGCAUACAUGGAACUUGCAGGACUGGAAGAGGUCAAAAUGGACUUUUCAGGGAUCUACCAGGAAAGAAUUUCCAAUGUUCCCUCACAUGCCAGAGUCACCUGGAACACAAGCUACAGAGCCCAUUUAUGCCUCCCCUCAUGGCACCAUGUGCAGCUAGCUAGGAAAAGAAAUAUCUGAAAACCACUUUUAACUCAGUGUGACUGUGUCAGCAAUCUCAUCCUAUAAAAAUUUUAAAAAUUUCUUAUGUAACCUCUACUCUAGCAUGUAUGCUCAUAGUAGUGCUUGUUCACACCCAAGGAUUUAAAGGACUCUCUAUGCUUCACCUACAUCCUAUCCCCUUUUAUUUGUAUGUCUUGUCUUAUCUCAUACUUCUCCUCUCCUCUUUUAUACAAAAACCCUAUGUUUGUGUUUUGUCUAUGUGUUUGUCUCUGUACCACAUUUCCAGAGACCAGAAGAGGGCAUCCUGUUCUCUAGAACAGGACUUACAGAUGGUGAUUAGUGGUUAUGUGGGUGUGGGGAACCAAUCUCAGGUCCUCUAGAGCCACUCCUACUGCCACCUUUGUACUUUGUUUAUAACCUUCCAGGGCUAUACUUCUGGUCUUCAUGGGCACCUGCUCUCUUGCAGUGCACACGAACUCACACAGGCAUACACACAUAAAAAUCUGUAUAACCUUUCUUAAUUAACUUACAUACUUAUUUAACUUAUACUUAAUUUACAAUAAUAUACUAAGUAUAUACUUAAUUAAAAUAACCGUGCUUAAUUAACUAUGUUAGCUUGUAACAGUAUCCCAAGUUUUCUUUCCCUGCUACUUUUCCCACUUCAUCACCAAUCCUGCUGCUCUCCCAUAUCUAAUCGUAGUUACCAAAAUGUAACGUGGGUUAACCCAGCCUACUGCAUUCCUAGGCAGGUGAUCCUGAACUGUCUAAUAAGCUAGCCAAGCAUGACAAGAGUGAGCCAGAGAACAAAGCAGCAAUCAGUAUCCCUCCAUGGUUUCUGUUUGAGUUCCUACCCUGACUACCUCAGUGAUGGAUUGUGAUCUAGAAGUGCAAGAUGAAAUAAAUCCUUUUCUUCGAAAGUUGUGUUUGGUCAGUGUUCCUGGAUCAGAAGAAUUACUAUUGUAACAAUGGCUAACAAUACGGACUCAAGAUAAUCGCAAUAAAAUUACAAAUGCCUCUUUGCAGAAAUAGAAAAAUAAUCCUAAAAUUAAUAUGGAAGCAUGUACGCACACACACACACACCAAACAAAACAAAACCACCACCACCACCAACAAAAAACUGAAUAGCCAAAGCAAUAUUGAACAUAAUAAUAAUACUGGAGGAUAUAGAUAUAGCUUGCCAGUUAAGAGCAACUCCAGUUCAUAGCACUCACUUGGUGACUUCUAGCCAACUGUAACACCAUUACAAGAGAAUGUGACACCUUUUUUCAGCCUCUAGGGGUACCAGGGACAUACACAUACAUACACAUACAUGAAUGCAAAUAAUCUUUUAAAAGGGAUGCUGUUUGAGAUAUUAUGUCUGGUUUUAAGUUAUACUACAGAGCUGUAGUGAUAAGUACAGCAUAAUAUUGGCACAAAAAAAAACCUAGAUACAUAGAUUCAUGAAAUAGAAUUGAGGACUCAUGUAUAAGCCAAUAAAACUACAACCACCUGUUCGAUUUUCUUUGUUUACAAGAAUGCCCAAAAUGUACAUUUGGGAAAACAGAAUCUUGAAUACAUGGUUGUGGAUCUGUGGAUUAGGUUGGGAUAAGGGAUAUAGUUAGGAGUUUGGGUUAGGGUUAUUGCACUCCAGAUUAGGACUAGGGUUAUGCUUAUAGUUCAUAUUAGGUGCAGUUGUCAUGCUCAGUGUUACUCUGUCUCAGGGUUUCACCCUGUGAAGAGACACCAUGACAAUGACAACUCUUAUACAGGAAAACAUUUUGUAACAAGGAACCAAACUGAAGCCAUUUUGCAUAAAACUUCCAUUUUCAAUAGGAGUCAGAGGUGGACAGGAGAUGUCUUGCCCUCUCACUGGUUUCCAAUGGGGAACACCUGGUAUAUACAAUGUGUCUAUAGUUUUGUUUAGUUUGAUUUUUAAUCUGUGAUUUAUAUUUGGAGAAAUGGGCCAGAGAUCAUCUGUUGGUCAUUCACCACAUCUCAAGGAUGUUCAGAAAAAAAUAGCUGAAUUGGGACAACAAAAAUCUCAUAAAUUGGCACUGCCCUUGGAACCCUGCACCUGCAGCUAGGAGCCGAUCACUGCUAGUGAAUCCCUGCCUCCUGCCUGACCUGUACAAGCCACUCUUAAAGGAGCUCCUCAGCUUUCUCCUGUAAGGAAGCUGGUGGCUACUCGUGCAACAACAUCUCUGUGACCAUGAGAAUUUAGUUCAGCAGGUAACAAGGUGCUGCUGCUCCCUUGGAAUUACAGCUGGAGGAAGUAAGGAAAAUUUUGUCUGUUUUAAAUGUACAAAUUUAUGUGGCACUACAUGUUUGUUUCUGUCUGGUCUUAAAUGUAUGAGUUUCUAAUGUUCUGUAUGUCUUGGUUAUAGACUCUUGGCUUGUGGUUAUGGUUAUAAUUGGCUCGCAUAAGGUUAAAAAUCGAUCACCUGUAACAAAAGUUAACUUAAAACUCAUAACUCAGGGUUAGAGCCAUUCUAGACAGCGGCAUAUGUCAGGAGCCAAUCAAGGAAACAGGUCUACAAAGUUACUUUUACAUUGGGAUAAGAUUUAUGUGUAAUUUCUGUCCUCUCUUGAAAACCAAAUGAGAAGGAGAGGGAGAGGGAAAAGAAGAAGAGAAAGAAAUAAAAGAAAAGAAAAGAAGAGGAGGAGGAAGACAAAAAAGAAGGAGAAGAUGAGGAAGAGGAGGAGGAGGAGGAAUUAAAGCUACACCUCCAUGCAACCAUAUGGAAGAACUCUCUUGCUGGCAGCCAAAUUUUGUAACAUAAAAGUAACCCACUUAGUACUGAUUUUAUAAACACUGUAUUUACACUGUUAAAACUUAGUUUUGCCUUCUAAAAGUUAUGGUUGUGCUCUGUCUGCCUUUACUCUUAAAAAUGGUAUUUUAUUUUGAUAUUGCAAAAGCACACAAUUGAUAGAUUUUAAACUUCUUUUUUUAAAAAAGAUGUAUGUAUUAUUAUACAUAAGUACACUGUAGCUGUCUUCAGACCCACCAGAAGAGGGUGUCAGAGCUCAUUAUGGGUGGUUGUGAGCCACAAUGUGGUUGCUGGGAUUUGAACUCAGGACCUUUGGAAGAGCAAUCAGUGCUCUUACCUACUGAGCCAUCUCACCAACCCAAUUCUAAACUUCUUUAAAGAAAGCUUUAAAAAUUUACAGAAAGUUUAAAAACAAUACUUUUAAAAACGGCUUUUUAAAAUGUUUUAAUUUAUAAAGCUAUGGGACAUUUAAAAGUUUAACAGAUAUUUUAUUGUAAUUGAUGAAUGGAUAAAUAAAACGCUAAAAAUUAGGGCCACAACUGAAUUCCAGAGACUGAAAAAUUCCUGUUUUAUAAUGCAAUGAAACAUUGACCUUGUGCAGUCUGACAAAGAACUUGAAUAUAAAAGGGUUACAGAAUUUUAGAAAAAUUGAAAAUCAGUGUCUUAAAAAUAUGUCUAUUGGUCUAGUCAGCCUAACAGAAGCUGAUUUAAAGAUAUAGUGCUGACCUCCUUGUUUUUACUAGCACUGUUAAGCUAUACCUAUUUUGGUAAGCUGAAUCAUAUAGCAAAACAAACAAACAAACAAAACAAAACAAAAUACCCUGUUGUGUUCUAUAAUACCCAUGUAAUGAUCAAAGAAAAAGUAAGUUUUUAGUCUCUAUGUUUUAAAGUGUUAUCUCGUACUAAAAGAGCUUUAAUUAAGAAAUUGCCAUUUCAUUUUAAAUUGUUAGGGAUAAUUUAAAAAAUGAUCAACUUCUUUACGAUGUUCAGAACGCUAUUUGUAGUCAUGCUAAAUACCUGUGAUUAUGGGCAUUUCUACCUAGGUGCAAAUUCCCUAAAUAGUGACUCUGAGAAUUCUUUUAUAUGAACAAAUGUCUAGGUCAACAGCUUUGUCUUGUUUCCACUAGCUCACAACUCAAUUAUCCUGUUAAAUUACUCUUAAGUUAUAUCAUGUGGUUGGUUACCUCUCUGCAGGUUUGAACGUAUGUUUUCAUCAGUGUUCAUGACAAAUCUCCCAUGCCUGACGAUUUCCCAGAAUCCUCUCUCUUUCCCUCCUUCUACUCCUGCCUCAGUUCAUUGGCCACAGUCUUUUUAUUUGACAGGUGAUGAUUCCCCAGGGUACAUAAAGAUUCCCUCCACUAUCCCCCUUUUUGUCCAAAAGGGGCUCUUUCUCUAACAAUACAAAACUAUGCAAUAAAAACAAUUAUGAAAGCCAUCAGGUAAGAUUUACAUUCACCGUGUCCAUUCCAUAUGUAUUUGUCAACCUUGGAGAAAGUAUUCUACUAUCUUAGUGACUUUCGAGUUCCAUACAUAAAUCAAUUUCUAUUAUAACUUGUAUUGCCAACCUAAAAAUACCCUAGACCUUAGGAACAUUUUCUUAAAUCUUAAACAACUUCUGCUUAAUUGUGAGACUAUAACUAUGUAGUUGUCAACCCCAUCAGAGACCUAAGAAGGAGUAAAUAGUACCUGAAUAUGCAGGAAGUGCAGAGCAAGCAGAGCAAACUACAGAAAAGACAGAAGAGCUGGCUGCCUGGACAGUCACAAAAGUUUCUCUGUGUUGUAGCAGCAUCCAUCUUUGACCUUCUGGCCCAGAAUACCUUUUCUUUGAAGCAGGAAUUUUGAAGGACUGUUUAUCUUGUCUUGGCAAAACUCAGCAGUCAACUUCCCUGUAUCUCAUUUGUCCAGCUUGGACAGCAAACUGUCAGCAGUUGACAGGGCAGCUUCUCACCAAGUGACUAGCUUGCCAGUUUUGAAGCAAACUCCUUAUGGAGGUUCUUCUAUGCUCAUCAUCUUCCUGGAUGUACAGUGGGGGUACUGCCAGGAGCAGACCUGCCUCAUUGUCAAAAAGGCCUUUUAAUAAUAAAACAUCUUUAAAUGCUGUAGUUUAAAUGCUAUAGUUUCUUUACAUCCCCGCGUUUACCCCUGACAGUAGAUAGGAGAGAAAGAGAGAGGAAAGAACAAGAAGAAAAGAACCUUCUGUGCCUAACCUUCCCGGUCCAAUACCAGAACGACUAGUAACCACGCCCACUUAAAUGAUGAUAAAUGUCCAUCUUCCACUGAGUAGCCAAAACCCAUCUACCCCGCCUCUUGGGAACAAGGGCAUCACUCUCUUAAAAUUGCUUCCUGCUGAUUUGGGGCAUCAUUUUCUUUUUGCACACCUCCCCCAAAUUGGGAUAUUGGUCAGCCUUAAGAAAGCUAGCUGUAACAUUUGCUGUCCAGUCUCUGUAUGCUGAGAAAGAUCAGGGCUUAACGGAAGUCCUGACUGGAGCAGUCUGUGAUACUUGACAAUAUAGCUAGCUGUCUUUGAAACUUUCCCAGAUACAGAUUUUUGAGGGAACAGCAUCAAGUAGGUAUGAAGUAGGAUCAAACAGCAUAAUGGAAUAAAUAUGUCUCAGCAUCUCAGCACUUUAACAUCUCCGACGGUGGAUCGCUUCAGGUCUGCAUUGACUUCACUGGUGUCUGUAAACAUAAAACUCUUAAAGGUGAUAUACAUUUCUACAAUAACAUAUGCAUGGAAUGUGCAGUGUGCACAAUUCAGUUAAAGAUGAUUCUCUGCUUUCUUUUUGAACAGGUAAGGCAUCUUUCUUUAUAAAUUAGUUUGGAUUGUAUAAUCAAAAUGCAAUAUAAAAUUCUGUCGAUGCCAUUUGGAAGGACAGAGUGAUAAGUCUAGAGGAUUUUGUAGCCAAAAGGAUGUGUUGGCUAUGCACAGCUGAAGUUCUGGCUGGAGACAUUUUCUUGUCUCAGCCAGUCUCAGAGCUGAUCCCAAGUAGAGAGAUCAGGAUAUAUUUUACUUGUUUUGUUAUUGAUUUUUUUUUCCUGUCUGCAGCCAAGAUUUUCAGGGGGUCUCCUUCUUUCAAAUCUGAUUUUUUUCAACUUGGAAGGAAUUCAUAGUUUUCCUUUCCCUGUGGAAACAAAUACAAAGCCUCGCCUCCCCUCCCCUCUUCAUAAUACAUUUCCAUCCUUCCAUUUUGAAGUUAAGACAUCCUUACUAUACACAGGCUGAUUUAGUGCAGCUGUUUUUCCAUAAUCCACUAUAUCUCAGCAGCUGUUGUUUUUGGUUCAUUAACUUUUAAAAAAUUUAAACUUAAUAAAGCAGUAUGUAAUCUAUCCUGUUACCCACUUUUAUUCUAUGAUCAUUUCAUUUAAUAUCCUGUUAGAUCUCCCCAUAACUGCUUGGCCUGUAGGAUUGUAAGCUAUAUUUGUAACAUGUUUUAUACCAUAGUGUCUAAAAAAAAUUGCUGUAUUUUAAGGGAUACAUGUGUUGAAGCAUCAUCAGCUCGAAUAUGUAAAGGAAUUUCCAAGAUAGUUAUCAUCUCUAAUAAAUGUGCAAUCUCAGAACCAUCUUUUUCAGAAUUCAAGGCAAAAUCCCAUUGGAAUUCAGAACAUGUAUCAACUGUAUGAUAUAUCAACACAUACAUAUUUAAAAAUUUUAACCUCUAUAAAGUGAAUCAUUUAAGUUAUUGAAUGACAUUGCUUUAAGGGAGCAUCAUUAAGCAGAAUCUAGAUUCUUAACCCAGUAUAUUACAGCUCUAUGGGCUGCCAUUCUAAUUCCUUAACCCUGUAUGAGUUCUCCCCAUCUGGAAUUACCUUUUCUGCUGUCACUGUAUGUUCCAGAUUGGAUUCUUUUGAAGAUUUUAAAAUUCUGAUUCAAAGAACCUUCUAAACUCUGUUAUAUGUCCUCUGAUUUAGCAUUCCAUCUUUCAAUCAUUUCUUUCUCUAAGUCUGCUUUAUUCUGAUCUUUCUUAAAGAGAAUAUGUACAACUACAAUCAUCAUUUGCAUUCUGAUAACCAGAAUAAAAUUAUUCAGGGUCCAAGUGCCCUCUGUCUUUGUGUUUUUCUCCCUUUUUUAAACAUAGAAUAUGUUUUUCUUUUAAUCUCUAACUCUCUCCUUAAGGACUUCAUUUUCUUCUUUUCAAAAUAAUAUUUCUUUCUACAAUUUUUUUUUAAUACUCUGCUGCUCCAGAAAAAUCUUCAGAUUCCUUAGGCUGGCAUGUGUCUAUGGCAGCUAAUUCUGCCUCAUUAGUGCAGUCUAGCAGGACGCCCUUGCCAGUUCUGGGCUGGAGCUGCUCCUCAUAAGGGCUUUGCAUUCUCAACUCAGUUAAGCUUAUGGCUGUAGAGUCCAACAUAAUCUCCUUUAUUCUGAAACAAGGAUUUGAAUACUGUACAAAGACAAGUGGUGAAGGGGUGUAAGAAGGAAUCAAACUGAAGCCAUUUUGAAUAAAACUUCCAUUUUAAGUUGAGGUCAAAUAAAGUUUAAACUUCGGAGACCUCCCUGGGUAACUGACAUCCUGCUUGGCAGAAAGAGGCAUGAAUAAUAAUAGUCAAGUUGACCUGCCACAGUUGUAUAACCCAAUGAAUGGGAAUAGGGUAAGUGUAUCACAAAGACACAUUCCUAAGGAAGUCUCCUAUUCCUGCAUCCUGAUUGUUGGGAUAACUUGCCACAGAUGUGUGUGGUUCUGAAGCUUAAGAACUCUGUAGCAUUUUGGCUCUAGGUCACACUUCAGCUCCCAAGCUGUGCCCCUGAUCCAUCAGUAUCGCCCUGAGUACAAUAAAAUAUUCUCAUCUCCUUAAAUACUAAGAUGAAGUUUUGAAGAUAUAUGACGCUCCUGAGUUUGUGCUGUUGUCCCCGACUGGUCAGUUUUUUGCUGCCUAAUUCAAAUAAAGAGCUUAUUUUUCUGGA